AUGGCGGGCCUAGAUCUCGGCACAGCCUCCCGGUUCGUCCACCAACUCCACCACCGCCCCGACCUCCACCUCCAGCGCCCCGACGCUGACGAUUCCGCAGGCGGCGGGGAUGAGUCCUCCGCGGGUGCCGCCUCCGCAGGGCUCGAGUUGGUGGCUCCCACUGGCGGGUCCUCGGCCGCCGGGCCGGGCGAUGUCGUCGCCCGGCGGCCCCGCGGCCGUCCCCCGGGGUCGAAGAACAGGCCAAAGCCCCCCGUCAUCAUCACCCGUGAGAGCGCCAACACCCUUCAGGCCCACAUCCUCGAG